GAAUCAGUUUGUCGGUAGGGUAGGGUCGGCUCUAUAAGAUUGUCGGAAUGGCAGCGAAAGAGGGAAGGAGUGAAGGGGAAGAGUUCGUUUACAGGAUUAGCACGGCCAAGGAGUGGGAAGAGUUGCAGAAAAAUGGGCCUAUCUUUGGCGGCGAGCUUGGUAAGUCCACUGGUUGCUUCCACCUGAGCAAUCUCGAUCAGGUAUGGCCAACGUUGCAGAAAUUUUUCAUGAAUGUGAAGGAGGAUUUGUAUCUUCUCCAAAUUGAUGCUAAGAAGCUUAUGGAUGGAUUGAUAUAUGAAUUGGUAGAUGGUAAUGACAGAUUCCCUCAUUUCUACGGUCCAUCUUGAAGCUUCUGCCCUCUUCCUUUAGAUGUUGUUACAAAAGCAGAGAAGCUCUCUCUAUCCGGACGCCAGUACAGUUGUAGUCUGCUAAAUUAGAAUCGUCUCAACUACAAGAUCUCCAUUGUUUGUGGUGAAAGAAAUAAUGUUGAGUUGGCUAU